AUGGAUUAAUAUCAACCAAAUGAAGAGAAGUAAACAAGCAUUACAAAGCAAAUCAAUACUAUUCAUAGCAAUAUAAAUAAAAUUCAAAAUUCAAUAAUUGAUAAUAUUCCUUAAAUUCCACAAAAAAGCAAAGUUAUUAUAUUUUUAGGGUACUUUGAAAAUAAAUUUGAUUCUUUCUAUAGUCAUUUUGAGAAAAAAGAAGUCCUUUUAUGUGGAGACUAUUUUAAGUUGGUCAAAAUAGAAAAAAAAGGGAAAAUAAGUUAUUUAUUAUAUUUCCCUUCAAUAUUAUCGUAUGAAGAUCAAAAUGAUGAAAAAAUUGCCUAAAAUUUAUGCAUUUCAAAAAUUUAUGCUGAAUUAGUAUUAAAAAAAAUGGAAACUUGUUAUUUCUAUUUAAUUUUAGAUAUUUCAUAAUUAACAGGAGAUGAUGAUAGGGGAAAAUUAGAUAAUAUUGUUAAAGAUUCGAUUUUUUACUUCGGAUCUUUCUAUUUUAAAGAAAAAUAAUUUUUCUUUUUAAGAUAUCAACAAGAUGAUAAAUGGGAUUAUCACUAAUUUUCAAAAUAGUUUGCAUUAUUUUCUUAUUUUUAAAAGGAUAAAUAAUUGUAAAUUUAAACUUAUCGUGAUAAUGAAAUUUUGAAGACAAUAUUUAAAUCUAGUAAUUACACAAAGGCAAAGAAAGUUAAAUCCGAUGAUUAGAUUAACUAUGGAUAAAUGAUGACAUAUUUAUAAAUACAAUAAAGGUUUUUAAAGGAAUAGAUUAAUGAAGAUCUUAAAUAAUUUUAAAUAAUCCUCCUUCACUUAUAAUAAAUGCCAAUCAUCAAAAAUAAUUUUGCAGUUGUGGAGGAGGUUGAAAAUUAUUUAAAAGAAUUAUAAGCAGGUUUUAUGGAGGAAAAGAAUUCUCUAAAAGAUGAUGCUUCACAAAUUGUCUAGGUUUACAAUUUUAUUAAUAAAGUGAAUUAAGGGCAAAAUGCUUAAGAUAUAAAUAAGAGAUAACAAAAUUAAUUAAGUCCUUAAAUGGUACAAUUUAAGGAAGAAGUUAAAAUUUAAGAAUUAAAAAUUUAACCCUUACUUAGUGAUGAGGUGAUUUAUAAACUUUAUGAAAUAAUUAAAUUUUUCUAAAAAUAUCAUAAUAACAUAUUCAAAAAUGAGAAAAUAUUUGAAGUAUAAAAACUAACAUUAAAUCUUAAAUAAUGGUCUUCCAAUUGUAAUGAUACUUUAGAAAAUACGUUAUAUGAGCUAAAAUAUAUCACUUCAAGAAUAUAAGAUGGACCAUAAAAUAAAAUUGAAAACGCAAUCUAUUUUAUUGGUAUAACAAAAGUAGGAAAAUCAACCAUUAUUAAUUCACUUCUUAAUCCAGAUAACAUUAUUUAAGAAGACUUUGUAGGAUAAAAAUGUUAUGGAAAUAAAAAGGAAACAAAAUUUGCAAUUGGUAAAGGUGGAGUUAGUGAAACUCAAAAUAUCUAUGGAGUAUACAUUGGAAAAAGGGAAGAAGUUAAUUAAAUCUUUGAUUAAAAUGAAAAACAUGUUUUUAGUAUUGAAGAAAUAUUAGACAAGGAAUAAAUUCAAAAAUGUAAAAUACCUUAAAAAUAUUUCCUNUUAGGGUACUUUGAAAAUAAAUUUGAUUCUUUCUAUAGUCAUUUUGAGAAAAAAGAAGUCCUUUUAUGUGGAGACUAUUUUAAGUUGGUCAAAAUAGAAAAAAAAGGGAAAAUAAGUUAUUUAUUAUAUUUCCCUUCAAUAUUAUCGUAUGAAGAUCAAAAUGAUGAAAAAAUUGCCUAAAAUUUAUGCAUUUCAAAAAUUUAUGCUGAAUUAGUAUUAAAAAAAAUGGAAACUUGUUAUUUCUAUUUAAUUUUAGAUAUUUCAUAAUUAACAGGAGAUGAUGAUAGGGGAAAAUUAGAUAAUAUUGUUAAAGAUUCGAUUUUUUACUUCGGAUCUUUCUAUUUUAAAGAAAAAUAAUUUUUCUUUUUAAGAUAUCAACAAGAUGAUAAAUGGGAUUAUCACUAAUUUUCAAAAUAGUUUGCAUUAUUUUCUUAUUUUUAAAAGGAUAAAUAAUUGUAAAUUUAAACUUAUCGUGAUAAUGAAAUUUUGAAGACAAUAUUUAAAUCUAGUAAUUACACAAAGGCAAAGAAAGUUAAAUCCGAUGAUUAGAUUAACUAUGGAUAAAUGAUGACAUAUUUAUAAAUACAAUAAAGGUUUUUAAAGGAAUAGAUUAAUGAAGAUCUUAAAUAAUUUUAAAUAAUCCUCCUUCACUUAUAAUAAAUGCCAAUCAUCAAAAAUAAUUUUGCAGUUGUGGAGGAGGUUGAAAAUUAUUUAAAAGAAUUAUAAGCAGGUUUUAUGGAGGAAAAGAAUUCUCUAAAAGAUGAUGCUUCACAAAUUGUCUAGGUUUACAAUUUUAUUAAUAAAGUGAAUUAAGGGCAAAAUGCUUAAGAUAUAAAUAAGAGAUAACAAAAUUAAUUAAGUCCUUAAAUGGUACAAUUUAAGGAAGAAGUUAAAAUUUAAGAAUUAAAAAUUUAACCCUUACUUAGUGAUGAGGUGAUUUAUAAACUUAAUGAAAUAAUUAAAUUUUUCUAAAAAUAUCAUAAUAACAUAUUCAAAAAUGAGAAAAUAUUUGAAGUAUAAAAACUAACAUUAAAUCUUAAAUAAUGGUCUUCCAAUUGUAAUGAUACUUUAGAAAAUACGUUAUAUGAGCUAAAAUAUAUCACUUCAAGAAUAUAAGAUGGACCAUAAAAUAAAAUUGAAAACGCAAUCUAUUUUAUUGGUAUAACAAAAGUAGGAAAAUCAACCAUUAUUAAUUCACUUCUUAAUCCAGAUAACAUUAUUUAAGAAGACUUUGUAGGAUAAAAAUGCUAUGGAAAUAAAAAGGAAACAAAAUUUGCAAUUGGUAAAGGUGGAGUUAGUGAAACUCAAAAUAUCAAUGGAGUAUACAUCGGCAAAUUGGAGGAAUUUAAAUAAAUCUUUGAUUAAAAUGAAAAACAUGUUUUUAGUAUUGAAGAAAUAUUAGACAAGGAAUAAAUUCAAAAAUGUAAAAUACCUUAAAAAUUUUUCCUUUUCGAUUGCCCAGGAUUUGAUGAUAAUUGUAAUGAAUUAAUGAGAAUAGCCCACAGAAUUAGCUUAUAUAAUUAUUUCAAAAAAACAAAAAAUAUAAUUGUAUUUUUUGUAAUUGAUAUUUCUCAAUAAUCAAUUGACCAUAUUAAGAAUACUUUUGAUCCAAUAACUUAACUUUUAAAAAACAAAAAUCACAUAGUAUCAGAUUAUGACAAGUGGACAAAUAUAAUUCUAACAAAAGCAAAGAAAGGAUAAAGAUAAUAAUAUCUUGACAAUUGGAAGUUGGUGUAUAAAGGUUAUUUGGAUGAAAAUUAUAGUUUUUAUAAAAAUUUAUUUGAAAAAAGAUGUAUAGAAUUUGAAAAACCAAAAAUAAAAGAUAUUUAAAUUAUUGUUGGUAGUUUAACUGAUAAAAUUAUCGAGAUGUCAUCAUAGUAACUUCAAUCAAAUCAAGCCUUUACACCAGAAUUUCAGGGUGUUCUUGAUCCUAAAAUUUAGUCACUCUAUGAACAUUGCAUACCUAAAGUUAAAUAGAAGUUAGAAAGUAUUCUAAAAUUCUUCUUAGAGGAUUUAGAUGAGUAUAUAUUGGAAAGUAAUGAUAGUAUAGAAAUGAAGAAAGAAAAAAUAGAAAAAAUUUAAAGCAUUUUGUUAGAUAAAAAUACAAAGCAAAUGGUUAGCUUAAUAACAUAUAAUAACUGUAAAGAUAUUCUUUACGACCUAUCAAACUGGAUUAAUGGUAAUCCGUAUUUACAAAAGAAUGAUAUUUUCAUACAAUAAUACAUAGAAGAUAUGAAAUCUAUUUUAAAAAUAUCAUAAUAUUGCUAAAAAAUAAAGUAAAUAGCACCGUUUGAGAUUAAAAUUGAUAAUCUUGUUAAUAAGAUUAAAAAUAUCAUUUUAAUAAUUGAAGAUACUAAAUAAUAUUAUUAAAAUUGGAAAUAUGCUGGGUAUGCUGCAAGUCUUAUAACAGGAGUAAUGUCUUGUGGUACAUCCCUUGCGUUAUUAGAAGUUUAAGCUUUGGCAGCUUUGGCUAGGCAAUUUUUAUUAACAAGAGGUAUCUUGUUGUGCACAACUGUAGGCACUGGAUCUUUUUCAGCAGGUACUGGUUAUAUUACGGUUCUAAUUGAUGACUGGAAAAAUUAACAUUUGAGGAAGAAAUAUUAAGAUUAAUUGAAAAAAUAGAAAAUUUUACAAGAAGAAUUUUAAUAAAAAGUUAAUUUAUUAGAAUCCUAAUAUUAAUCAAAAAUAUGAGUGAAACAAAAAUGAAAAGAAUGAGAUUUAUUUUAUUCAAAAUUAUUCCAUUUAUAAAC